CAUGUGUGACCGAAGUGGUUCGUUGCUAACACUAGCUGUCUCGUGGUACGAACUUAAUUUUAUGAUAGUACAUUAACAAACCUUACAUUAGUUCAUUAAUUUAAAUCAAAAGACCGGUGAAUCUGACGCUUUUGAGGGGCCAACAUGGCGGAGGUCGUUCAGCAGCGGAUCGAGGACAGAAUUCCGGAGUUGGAGCAACUGGAAAGAGUCGGACUCUUCACCAAGAAAGAAGUCAAAGCCAUCAUCAAGAGGGUGACAUCACUGGAAUACAAACUUCACAGGCUGAUCGUCAAUAAAGAUGACUUUAUAGGAUACAUACAGUAUGAAAUCAACGUCCUGGAGUUGGUCAAGAAGAGGAGAGCGCACAUACGCUACCAGUUCAAGAAGGAAGACAUUGAGUUUCCCAUCAUACACAGAAUCAACAGUGUCUUCAGAAGGGCCACAAACAAGUGGAAGGAUGACGUGCAGCUUUGGCUUUCGCACGUCGCCUUCUGUAAGAAAUGGUCCACGCGAGGGCAGCUCAGCAAGGUGUUCUCCGCCAUGCUGGCCAUCCACCCCGAUAAACCAGCACUGUGGAUCAUGGCAGCCAAGAGCGAACUGGAAGAGAGGAAUUCCUCAGAAAGUGCCCGACAUUUGUUCCUCAGGGCGCUACGAUUCCACCCAGGCAACAAAAAGGUCUACCAGGAGUACCUCCGGAUGGAGCUGUUGCACUGUGAGAAGCUGAGGAAGCAGAAGGCAGAGCUGGAACAAGCUCAGAUUGACAUAGGUGAAUAUGAGUUUUCUGCAGAGAUCCUGAGUGGAAAACUGGCGAUGGUUGUGUACAAUGAUGCCACAGACAAAAACAAAGAGGCAGAGUUUGUCAUCUCACUCCUGAACAUCGCAUCCAUUUUUGACUUCACCAAAGACUUCCAAGAGGUCAUCCUGCAGGACCUGCAAACCAAAUUUCUGGACGACAGCGUGACGUGGGACUUCUUGGCCAAGAGGGAGCUGGAGGCUCCGGGAGCGGGAGAGGAGCUCCGGACCGCCAAGGGCCGCGCUUCGGAGGUUGACCGAAGAGAAGUGCAAUGCUGUCAGGUUUACGAGCAAGGACUUGAGAACAUCAACACUGAACCCAUGUGGACCUCCUACGUUGCCUUUUGUCUGGAGAGGGUGAAAAGGAAGACAAACGUCCAAGAGUUGAAGGACAAGAGACGAGAGAGGCUGCUGGGAGUUCUGCAGCGCGCCCACGACUCAUCACUGCUGAAAGAGGAUUAUUACAAGAACUGGCUGCAGAUCAUGCUCUCGUCAGGAGAUGCAGAGGGCGCGGCAGGCGUCGCAAUUGCAGCCACACGGCGCUACAGCCAAUCGGUGUCGGCGUGGAGCACGGCCUUGCAGACGCUGGUUCAGUUGGGGAAGGACGACGUCGGGCGGCUGUUCCAGGAUGCGCUCACGCACAUCCAUCCCAAGGAGAGCUUACCAAUUUGGCGGCUGCUGGUCCAGUGGAGCAUAGCCAACCAGAACCCAGAGGAGACUGAAGCCAUUUUCAAGAGAGGUCUGCUGUCUGCGGUGGCGGCGGUUGCCAUGGAGAUGAAAGAGCGCUACGUUGAUUGGUCAUACGCCACUGGAGGCUACAAGAAAGCGAGAAAGACUUUCACAAGUUUACAGGAGAACCGACCUCUAUCCAAACCUUUCUUCACCAAAGUGAUACAGAUAGAGAAAGAACAAGAGAGUCCAAAGAUGAACAAUCUGAGGGACUACUAUGAGAGGGUCCUGCAAGAGUUUGGCUCCUCUGAUGAAGAUCUGUGGCUAGAUUACAUCCAAGAGGAGAUGGGGCCGCUCGGCCAGCCAGAGAACUGCGGCAAGAUCCACUGGAGAGCCAUGAAGUUUCUGGAGGGCGAAAGUGUGGAGAGGUUUACCUCCAAAUACACUCUCCUGCAGACUGGACACCUGUGAGUCCAAUUUGAAGCAGUGCAGGUUGAGGCAUGUUCAAUCAGCAGGAGUUGGUCAGCCUGAGGGAGCACAUGAACACGUUGGCUGGUUUUCACAGCCUUCCCUUGGACGCAUGGAUCGUUUGACCCUGUUUUGCUAAGUCUGAUGUCCACGUUCCAGAUGUCUUCCAGAGUUGUCAAGAGAAAUCUUCUGAAAAGCGGGGCUAAAUGUUUCCAGAUGCAUUUACACUUUCAAUAUCGAGUGACGUUGGAAAACGAUGCCGGUGGAAUUUGUCAUUAAAAAGGCAUACUUUGAUCCUGUUCAAAUAAAAAUAUCAAAUUUAAA